CCCCUACCUCCUAGAAUCUCACUCACUUGAACCAAUUCCCCAGCAAGAAGAAGAAGAAUUUGGGAUUUUCUUCCCUCUCCAUUCCCCUUCUUCUUCUUCUUUUUCUUCCUCUUCUUUUCUUCUCAUACAUAUCAUAUAUAAAUUUGGCUAUAUAUUACAGGCCCAAUGGCUCAAAUUUGGCUAUUAAUUUCAGUACUAACAUUCACAAUCCUCCAACUCUUCAUAUCAGGAGUAUUAUCAACAACAUUCACAUUCGUAAACAAAUGCGACUACACAGUCUGGCCAGGCAUUCUAUCAAACGCCGGAAUCGCACCUCUCUCCACCACCGGUUUCUCUCUCCAAACAGGCGAGUCAAAGACCAUAAACCCACCCUCCUCUUGGGGAGGCCGAUUAUGGGGUCGAACCCUCUGCACCCAAGACUCCACCGGCAAGUUCACCUGCGUCACAGGCGAUUGCGGCUCCGGCCAGCUAGAAUGCGCCGGCGGCAACGCAGCCCCACCCGCCACGCUGGCAGAAUUCACUCUCGACGGGUCGGGCGGGUUGGACUUCUAUGACGUCAGCUUAGUCGAUGGGUACAACCUUCCGAUGCUGGUGGUGCCUCAGGGUGGGACCGGAGUGAAUUGUACAACCACGGGAUGCGAGGUGGACUUGAACGGCGCGUGUCCGUCGGAGCUGAAAGUGACGAGUUCGGACGGAGAGAGCGUGGCGUGUAAGAGCGCGUGCGAAGCGUUUGGACAAGCGCAGUACUGUUGUAGCGGCGCAUACGGUACGCCCGACACGUGUAAACCGUCGUCGUAUUCGGAGCUGUUUAAGAGUGCGUGUCCGAGUGCUUAUAGUUAUGCUUAUGAUGACAAGACCAGCACGUUCACAUGUGCAGGUGCCGACUAUCUCAUCACCUUCUGCCCAUCACCAAACACCAGCCAAAAAUCAUCAUCAGGACAAAACCCGGUAGCAUCAUCGAACACACCAGAAAUCAACAGCACGAUGCUUUACGAAGGUGCAUCGGAUACUAGCAGUGCAUCGUCGCUGUACCCGUGGUCCCAUAUGUUUUCUUCUCAAUCCAUUGCCGGUGUUGUCACCAUCACGACUGCCGUAUGGCGGUUCUCGCAGCUCUUCUAACUCGUUCGAUCCUCUUUGUUGUCACAUCUAAAAAAAUCUACAUAUAUAGAAGAUUUUUUUACAAAAUAUGAUAUACAGAUAUGAAAAUAUUUUAUAUCUGUAUCUUAUUUUGCGAAAAUCUUCUGACUACAACAACUAAUACUACUAAUAAUACUAGUAUUAACUUUUGCUUUGAUUCAUCAUCAAUAUCCCAUUACCUUACUUACAAACAAGAACCACCUAACUUUGUCAGAAUUUGGGUGUUGUUAUCA